AUGCCUGAGCAAUCGGCUGAAAUUCAGCCGGAGACUAAAGAAACAGAGCUUGAGGAUGGCACUAUCGAUAAAGAACAAGAUGGCAAGUCGACAGAGAAAGAGCCUGAAGGAGAUGACAACAAAGAGAAGGAACCAUACGAUGCCAUGAGAAAUGAACCUUACCUUGUCGAUUUGAUCGUUGAAUCGUACCUUGGAGAGAAAGACGAGCGCGGUUUCUUUCAUGGCAUCGGAACGGCUUACUUCAAAGGAAACCAUGUUUACUCUGGCUCGUUUGUUAAUGGACUGAUGGAUGGGACAGGGCAAUAUAUUUGGUCUAAUGGUAUAAAAUAUGAGGGCGAGUUCAAAAGCAACGUCAUAGAAGGCAGGGGUACAUACACCUGGCCAGAUGAAAGCACAUACGAGGGUGAGGUGAUGGGUGGCCUUAGGCAUGGUCAGGGCACCUAUAAUUGUGGAAAAAUUCCUUCUUCGUAUACUGGAGAAUGGAAAUAUGGCAAGCGCUCGGGAGAAGGGAUUUUGCGUUAUGAUAAAGAAGGGUUGUCAUACUAUGACGGCCAUUGGAUGGAUAACAAUAGACACGGGUUUGGAAUGAGGAGGUAUGCCUCAGGGAAUAUAUACAAAGGAGACUGGAGAGACAAUGUAAGGCAUGGUAUGGGAACCAUGCACUGGUACAAUAAGAACGAGAGAUACGAAGGACAGUGGGAAAAUGGCAUUCAACACGGCCAUGGAGAGCAUUCCUGGUAUUUGAAGCGCAUCCCGGGAUCCCAAUACCCACUGCGUAACUACUAUGUGGGGGAGUGGGUUAAUGGCAUGCGACAUGGCCAUGGGACAUUCUACUACGCUACUGGUGCUAAGUAUGUAGGAGAAUGGAUGAACAACAUGAAACAUGGUCAUGGAAAAUAUGUAUUCAAGAACGGCUUGGUAUUUGAAGGUGUGUAUAACAUGGUGCAAUGGAGAGGAGAAGUUAUUAUGUGACCUUGCCAUGGUAGUCAAAUUUCUGCUUCUCUAAAAACCAUGAUCCUGCAAAUAUGGCAGAAAAAAAUUACCAUAUAGGACCUUCCCGUCAGUGAUUGCAAUCAGGAACAAAAUGGGAGCCAGUAAUUUUCUUUCAUCGUUUGACAAUGCAAAUGGCCAUCCCUGUUAAGAACCAGAAAUUUUGCUACUAACAUCACACUUCUCCUCACUGUUAAGCAUGUAAAAAUACAUCUUUAACGUUCUACCAUCUCCACUGCACAUCACAUAAUAUUACCUCUUUUACAGCUGCACUUAAAUAAAUAAAAGCCAUUCUCUGGUUUUCCUGGGCCAAGUUAAAUGUAGAAUAAUGAACAAUAUUAGCAAAAAUUCCAUGCUUAAGGUGGACUUUUGCUGUUGAAUAGUUUUCAAAUGUGUACUGCAGGUAAAUGUAACCUUGCGUCAGUGCAUAAAUAAAAUAAUACAGAUGAUGUGUGAGAGCUCAUGGGUCAAAGUUAAAGUUUCUCAACUUAAAAAUAUUGAGCUACAUGUAGAAGAGGGAUAGGUGGGGUUUUGUCCAGUGGUACAGUACUCUCCCCGCUGGGACUCCCAUAUAAAAGUGACAGGGAUGUUCGUUGUCUUGCUUAUUAGGUGUAAAUUUGCAGAUUUUGGUCUCACUUAGGGUGAUUGGGAUGAAAGUCACCAUAUUUGCCCAUUCAGGUAUGGCCCCCAGGAGUACUCUCUUGUCUGAUUUAUUUUACAAAUUGCAGGUACUUUUGAGUUGGAUCACAUGCUGGACUUCCCUGAUAUUAAUCCAUCGGGAAUGAUGACACCAGACAUCACAAGUUCAGGGCUUCCUGUUCGACCUGGCACUCCGCUGGCACGAUCAGCAUCACCUUUUAUUGGCUCAGAAACCUCUGGAAAUCCACUCAACUUGAGUAUUGACCUGCUUCUGGAUGAGAGGGAUCUUGAUUUGUAUGAACGAGAUGAGGAACUUCAGCGCGUCACCUACGUCAUGCUGAGACAUAUCAGUAAGCUGAAGAAGAUCUACAGUUACUACUCUUGUCUUGGCCAGCAGGAUUCUGUUGACAACACAUUUGUAAUGAGUCGGCUUCAGUUUUGGCGCUUCCUAAAGGACUGCAAAGUUCAUCACCAUGGAUUCACCAUAUCAGAGUUAGACCGUACCAUUGCCCCUGAGAAAGGAAAUGACGUCCACGAACCUCAACAUGAGGUGCUUAUGCGAGAGUUUUUGAAUGCAAUAGUCAUCAUUGCCUACCACCUGUAUCAAGAGGACCACCAAGGCAGUGAGCGUCUCCUACCGUGGUGUGUGUCACGGCUCAUAACUGAAAAUGUUCUUAAAAAUGCUUGCAAAGUUGGAGGCACCCUGUUUGCUGAUUCCUCAAGAGCUGUUGAAGCUGUUAAGUAUAUGUCCAAAAGCUGGGAUAUUUUCUGUGAGCAUUGUGUACCUAACAUACGUUACCCACAUGAGCCAAUAUUCAAAUCCAGGCAGUUUAUGUUUAUGCUCAAUGAUUUUCGACUUAUAAACACAGAGUUGAGCCCCAAGGAGGUACUAACGACCCUGGCAAAGGAUAACCCAGAACUAGCACAAGAUGAUUUCUGUAAUCUGGAGCUUGAGAUGACAUUUUUGGAGUUUUUUGAAGCUGUUAUUGAUUGUGCUACAGUGUAUGUAACAGAUUCAGUUAUCAAAGGACAUCUGUCACCAAAAGGAACCCCAGCACCUUCUUCAAGAUCACAGAGUGCGGCAAGUUUUACUCCAGCUACUUCAAAGCCAGGAUUAGAAAGCCCAGAUGAAGGUACAGAAAUCUUAAUCGAAAAUAACAUGCACCAUGUUUCAAUAAAGCCUAACAAAAUGUACAGUGUGCUUAUGCCUUCCAGAUUUGCCUCCUGUGAACUGCUGCUCAUAAGUUUUCUUCACUUGAAAAAAUAGAAAAUUUAAAAUAAUCUAAAAUUUGACUUAUCAUUUUGACAAAUACUGUGACCACAAUGUAACCACUGAAGAGUGCAUGGCUGCACUCCCAUUCCGGCAGUGUGAUUUGCUACUUACAGCAAAGGUCAAAAUGUGAUAAGACUUCAAAUUUCAUUUUGUGACAUGUUGAAAAACAAACAAUGCCAUGUGAAAGUACUUACAAAAAGGGUUUUUUUGUAUGGUCGCACCACAGGAUUUUGUCCACUCUGCAAUUAAAAGGGUUGCCCAUGUGGGUUGCCUAUAAACCUUUAUUGCUCAUCUGACUUAGCCUCACUAUGUCCUUUAUUGUCAAAAUAGAUCAAUACCAGGCAGUGAACUCAGCUGCUGAGACCCCUGCCGAGAGGGAGUCACCUGAAAGGGUGUCAAGGGUCAUGUCUGGAGUGUCAGAACCCAAGUCUGGUCCUGAAUCACCGACAAAAAGCAGGGAAGCUGCCCCUCCUGCACAUACCACUUCUGGUAGGUGUUUAUAAGUUAAUGCAAUGCUAAAUUUAAUUUAAUGCCCUCCUUCGGAAAAAAAAAACGCCACCCCUUUGAAUUAGUGCCCCACUAAAGUUUAAGAAUGCAAGAUUAAGCACCCCAUCCAAAUAAUACCCUGCCCAACCUUCCUCCAAGAAAGAAGAAAUUUAUGGAAUUUUCAGUAUAGAAGUAAAGAUAAAGAUAUUUUUUUACAAGUGCUAAAACUAUAUUCAUAUUCUAAAGCGCUAAAUACAUGCAGACAAAUGCAAACACGUAACAAAUAGUUGGCAUAGAGAAAAUGAAAACAAAACAGUGAAAUCACUUGACAACAAAAUCAUACAGUGUUCAUUGAUUUAUACAUAGUGCAUUAAAAUGUAAUGAUAGGUUGGGCAAAUGCCAGUCUACAGAGCCAUUAAGUAUUUUGCAAAUGGAAUACAAUGAUUUCAAAACCAGGCCCUGGUUGUUCAAACACUGGAUAGCGCUAUCUAGUGGAUAAAUCACUAUCCAGCAGAUAAGUGUUAGGAAAACCGUAAUUGCACUAUCCACUGGAUAGAGGUUUAUCCAAUGGAUAGUGCUAUCCAUCUUUUUUGAACUACUGGGCCCAGAACUUAGAGGAACCUAGAGGAACAAGACAUUAAGAGCAACCACACACAGAUUUGUGUUUCUGUUUACAGAUUUCUAUAGCUUACUAUUAAUGACAGUCUGUAUUUAUUGGAAAUAAAGGCAAUGUUACUUUGAGGUUGAAAUUUGAAAAACUAAAUAACCGCCUGCUUCAAACAAUGUCUCCCCUUCCAAUUUUUUUGCCUCCCCACUCUUGUUUCAGAAAAUUUGAAAGGUAAGCACUCCAAGCCCUAAAACAUUACAGUUAAACCUCCACUAAUGGCCACCUAUGAACAUUUUUCUGUUCAUUGACUCUUGUUAAAACUUGUCUACAACAGCCACCUCUUAAUGGCCAUUGGGCGAUUCCAGAAAAUAUCCAUUUUUUAGGAUUUCCUCCCCAUGGGGGUAUUUACGAUUGGAAAUCAAGGCAAAAUUUGGUGGGAAAGAAAGUGUAAGUGAGUUCCUUGAAAACGCUAUUGUUGUGGACUUUUGUAGUUCGUAAAUAAACCACGAACGUAUGACCGGAAGCAGAAGACAAGCAUCGAUAGAUCAGACACGUGUUUACGCUCAUAACUUAUAGAAGUGAACAGUAAAACGUGGGUUUCACAUUAACCUUGAUGAAUGUCUUGUCACAUGAAAAAAAAACGGAAUAUGUAUCUUACUGCUUGCAAGUUUCUUGAUACUCCCGUCCGAUGAACAGUAAAAAAACUCGCACCAGUCCCUGGCUUCCAAGGAACGCCUGUCAGAUUAGAACACUUUUCGUGCACACUACAUGACGUAUAAAAGGACGCAACACACUUCGACGGUAUAUUUGACCACCGAAAGAUUUUAACGGUCUGAAUUUGAGCUAUUUUGCUUUGUAAAAGUCAAAACAGCACAAGAAAACAAAGAGGAGUAAAAUUGCCGUUAGUGGUGUUUAUUUUUAUUGCCAAAUUCGGACCUAAAAAGGAGUUUGCACAGCCUGUCUACUAGCGGUAGGUUAGAGUCUGAAAGCUUGUCGCCUGGCGCCGCUAGAUCACAGCCUUGAGGAGGUUCAUAUAGGCGUUGCUAAGUUGAAAAUGUACUUCCAAAAAAACGGAAAUUCUGAAGGGGAGGGGGGGUUCACGAUUAUGGAAUUCUGAGGGCAUGGGGGGGUAACGCAUUUUGGAAUUUCCGAAGGCAAGGGGGGGGAUAAAACAUGGAAGCCGUCCGUGGUUGGGUAUGGAUAUUUUCUGGAAUUGCCCAUUGUGAAGAUCGAGGUUAUUGAUUCACCUGUAGUAUUGAUCACAACGUUUCUCAAAUGUUUCUCACAGCAAAAAGUACUGAGCUUCUACCUAAUUCACAAGAGGGCAGUAAGAAAAUUCAGUCAGUGCACUCCAGUGCCAAUGUCGUACAGCAGUCUGGUGGACCUGCAGGAUUCGGAGAAGGAGAAACUGAUAAUCUUCCUGGUUUGUUUAUUUUAUGCUCUGAAAUGUUCUUGUCCAUCUGUGAUUUUUGAAACCUAUUUUUUGUAAUAUUUUUUCCCAUGUAGAGAGGAGAAAUGUGGCAUCAUGUUACCAUGGUUGCAAAAUUUCUGUAUCUCAACAAACUAUCUUGGCAGAGACAGCCAUUUGCAUUGUUGAAUGACGAAAGAAAAGUAUGGGCUACCCCUUUGUUCCUGAGUGCAAUCGUGCGGAGGAUCGAAAGUCAUGCAUGUCAAUUGUUUUGUUUUUUCUAUCAUAUUUUCAGGACCAUGGUUUGUUGAGAUCCAGAAAUUUUGUUACCAUGGCAAUGUGACAUAACAACUGCUCCUAUCCAUUAUAAUUCCCCCUUUUUCUGUCCAGGAACUCUGCAAUAUUUUAUAUGACCACCCUGUUAUCAUGAGUCAUUUUUUCUUUUCUUGUUCAGACAAAGUUCAGUCAUUUCUUUAUCUUGCUGCCAACCCCAGAAAUACAACUACACUCUUGGAGGCAGCAAAGGUGGCUUUCUGUAGUCCCUAGUUUAUAGGAUCAUUCUAAUGCCUGUUGAUAUUAUGAGUUAUAAGCCCGAGGAAAGCGAUUAAUCAGUGUAGCAUCCUAAUGUGAUGUUACCUCAGGCUGUUAAGGUGACCACCUUGUUCCUAUGAAUAUACCUGUAUGAAAAUGGUGCCCUUAUUACUAGGUAAAAAAUGUUAAUAUAACCAGUAUUUUAUGUUUUUUGUUCCUGUCAAUCGCCCUAAUGGACCUGUCUGGAAACCUCUUAGUGGGUUCAAAAGGUCAUGACUGUAGGUUGUGAUUGAUAGAUCUGUAACCAUUUUGUUUGUUUCCUAAUGUCAUAAUUAUGAAGGAAGCAGAGAAUAAUGACCGUGGGUUACUUUUUCGUUCUCUGAGUUCUUAUUUUAUUGAAAAUCACAGUAAAAUAAUACAAAUGUAUAAGAUGAGGUUCCACCAUAGUCUUGCAACUUGACAAAAUCCAAAUAUGUUGUCUUUAGUUGAAGUUCAGAGCCCAAGUCUUGGUGUUCCAGCAGAUCCAAGUCAAGUUGAGCAGCCUGAUCAACUUAACAUCUGGUGCCUGCAGCUGGAAAUCUUCUUUGAGAAAUUUUUUCAAGCUUCUGAUCAUUUGGAAAUGAUAAAAGUAGCACAGAAAUCCUGAAUGCAUUCAAGUCACAGUCUAUAAAAAGGCUUCUCUGGUCUCUUGAACCUAGCUUUCCAAUUAUGCUGACUGGUUUAAACAGUCGUCUGAGUGUGGACCUGUUUCCACAUAAAGACGUUCUCUUUCACAGUUGCAGAUGAACCAAACAAGCCUUAUUUGUGAUGUGGAUGUUUGGUAUAAGGUGUUCAAAGUGUAAAUAGUUAAAGAGAAAAGCUCUUUUGCAUUAUUAAUUUUUAGUAGAAUUUUUGAACAAUUUUGCGAGCUAAAUUUAGAUAGAUUUAGCAAAACUUUUCAUUAUCAUAACAAGAUGGUCUUAAAAGUUAGUGCCAUUUUUUGGUAGCCACUGGCAACUGCAGUAAAUGUCACUGCACGUGGUUGCCUGACUAUUUUAAGUAGAUUUAUGUGCACUGUAAGUAUUGUUCUGCAAAUCAAUAUUUUGGUAUUCUCAAGCAUUAUUGUGUGGUUGGAUAUAUAUACUUUAUUUGGCAUCAGCUUUGUAAAUAUUGUAGCUUUUCAUUAAAUUGGCUGAUUAAAUGUUCACAUAUGUUAUUUCAAGAACAAGCAGUUAAAUUUGUGGCACUUAAGUUUCUUGUUACUCUCUCCCAACAAUGCUCUCCCGGGGUGGUACUCUCCCGUAAAAGUGGCGAGGGUGCUCGUUGUACCUAUUAAGGGUUUAGGUUUGUGGAUUGGUACCGCUUAAGGAGCUAAAACGCCAAAUGACUGCUAUCACUGGUUGCGUUGGUAAGAUUUAUGAUAAUUCUUUCUAAAAGUUCUUGAGAAGAAAGUGUUCGAUAGUUAUCUUUAUUACUAUUAAUAUUUGUAGUGCAGUUAUAUAAUUUAUUGUUGUUGAAUUGGUAACUCUUAGAGGUGGAAUGAAUUUGGGACACGCCCAUAAAACAAGAUUCUGGUACUUUUAAAGGGUGUUCUCGAAAUUUUUUGAUGAGCGCACCCAUCACUUUUACAGGGGAGUAACCCCCGGUGGAAUCCUCUGCCACGAACAAGCAAACAAAUAAAG